GUCUGCCAGACCCGGUCGGCCAGAACCGUCUCGAAGCUGGCGUACCACGGCGGGGUGGUGAUCGUCACCUGUCCGGGCUGCGGCAGCCACCACAUCAUCGCCGACAACCUGGGCUGGUUCUCGGACCUGGAUGGAAAGAGGAAUAUCGAGGAAAUCCUGGCAGCCAAAGGGGAGAAGGUGAGACGUGUGGCUGGUGAGGAAGCCUUGGAACUGCUUCUGGAAAACUCAGCAGAUACCGGGUCUCAAGAAGGCACCAAGACAGGGCUGAGCCAGAGCUCCCGGGCAGGGCCUGAAAGGAAAAGCUCGGCCACGGUCUUAGAGGAGGGCUCAAGCUGA